AUGAAGAACUUCAUCAUCUGCUUCCUCGUAAGCAUCGCAAUUGCGGACACCCACAACGUCCCAUUCGUUGAGGGAAUCAAGGUUUUCGAGUUAUCUCGACAAGCACCAAUCGACCUAAAUAAACCCGGAAUCGUCUUUAGGCACGUCUGGUCUCCUUUUAAAUGGUCACUCGAUUUGGUCUGCGUAUCGAACCUGAACAACGAUAUCAAUUGCAAUUGGUUUGCCGAGCUCACCAGAGAUCAGAUCUCGACGCAACCAAUCCGCAAGGAUUUCGUUUUUGAGCUUGAGAGCCAUUCAAAAUUUCGCGAACUAGAUCCCAGGCCAAAAUAUCACUCGAGACUAUUUAACAUCAUCAAGGUCAAUCCACUGAUUUUGCCAGCUGACUACGCCGAGAAGGAGACGGAACCUUGGAGUGCCUUCUACGCUCUCUCAGUGGAAGUCAAUUGUGUGCGGGAAUUUGGACUAGAAUCGAUUCUUUGGUGCGAGCGAUUGGAUUCACCAGCCGAAGGAGAGCUCAAGAAUGAUCCAAGUCAUCUCGAGUCCAAAUCGAAAACUUUCCCUUAA